AUGAAUUGCUCUGAACCCCUGACUUUCCUGAAGCCAAUGCAAAUGUACCUUGCAUAUGAAUUUGUCACAUUCUCAUGGAACUGGGGCGGUGGCGCACCAGGAGGCACGGUCGCCGAGAAGAAACACGAAGGCGAAGUCUCCAUCACGUCUAAGCGCGGCAACAAGGUCAAGAAGAACGCAGAGCCAAACAACCCCGCGGUCAAGAUUGAGCGGUCGGGAAACGACGUGGUCAAGAAAGCGUCUGAACUCAACAUCGUGUCCAAAGCGAACGGAACCGGGAGCGGCGGCCAUGACAAGGGCAAAGACGAAGCCAAGGAGAAAAAGGCCGGCGACAAGAGAAAGCACGACGGAGAGACCGACGGCGAGAAGAACGAGGACAACGGCGACGGCAGCGGUGGUGGUGGUGGUUUAGAAGAGAACGCCGAGGGCAAGACUGUGCGGCCCGGCGGCAAGACAGACAAUACCGCGAAGAAACAGAAGAAGGACGAUACUGAGAAAAAGGACGAAUCAAAGAACACCGAGAAGGGAAAGGGCGGGCGACCCAAGAAAAGCGAGGGCGCUUCAUCGCCAAAGCCGAAGAAGAAGAAUUCUACGCCUAGGUCCACCGAGGGCAUUGCGUCGCGGACAAGGAGCCAGAAGAAGUAA